UCGCGUAUCGAGCAGCCCAGCCGGUGCGGAGACCGGCCGGUGUGGUGGCGCCGCGAUCCACGUGCGGCGACGCGCCGUUCGCAAUCGCUCUACCGACGGUACUAUUUGUAAACACGCGCGUCGUAAGAUGGACGUAUUCGAGUCUCGCAGGAAAGCAUGGGAGGAUUUGGACGUGUCGCGCGACGAGCUGCGGAACAUCACCGAGUGCCUGCGCAAGGAGGACUUCCGCAAGCUGCUGAUCGAGUACGCGGAGGAGGUGCGCGACCCGGACAACAGGCGGACCUACGAGCGCGAGAUCGCCCAGCUCGAGAAGGAACGGGGCGUAGACGUGACGUUCGUUAACCCCGAGCCCGGUUACGUCAUAAAAACGAGCGUGAAUGGCGAGAAGAAGUGCUUCCUGAACAUCAGCAAGAAUGACGUGGUGGCGCGACCGACCAGCCAGCCCUCCUAUGAGCAGGGCCACCGAGGCCUGCAGUGGUCCAUCCCGUACACGCUGGUACCGCCGCGCGAUGACCUUGACAAGAAGAACGUGCGCUGCGUCGUGUUCGACGUGGUCUUCCAUCCGGACACCAUCUACCUGGCGUCCAAGGACGCCCGCUUCCGCGAUAUCGUUAACAAUACUGCGAUGGACGGUGUGGAGAACAACUUCAAGGUGAAACUCGACAGAAAGAACCUGAAGUUCCCGAAGAUCAGUUUCAAGGGAGUGUCGCAUCCCACAGUCAUCAGGAGACCCUCCGAGGAGCCACCGAAGGAACCGUUGGACAUGGACCAGGAGAUCUAUCAGAAGCUGAUGUCCAGUUACGACGAGAGCCGUGAGAGAUACCUGAAGAGCAAAGAGGAGAAGCCUCAACGCGCCUCGCCGGUCACCACUUACUACAAGAACAAGCAGCAGCAGGCGGUGGACGAGAAAUACGUCACUCCCAAGUUCACCGUCAAGCAGCAGUCCGACGUGGAGAUGGAGGACUUCUGUCUCAGCAGGGACGCCAAGCUGUACGCCGCGAUUCCGAAGAGACUCAUCGUCAGCGUCGAGCUGCCGUUGCUGAAGAGCGCCGGCGACGCGACCCUCGACAUACACGAGCGGUCCCUCACCUUGAAGAGCGAGAAGCCCGCCAAAUACCUGCUAGACCUGCCGUUACCGUAUCCCGUAGACGGUGACAACGGUAACGCCAAGUUCGACGCGAAGUAUAAGAAGUUGGUCGUGACCUUGCCGGUGGUCCGCUCGUUGGUCUCGACGGUGGACAGUGGAGUCGACAGCGACCAGAGCAGCCCCGUAUCGUCGUCCAAAGGCAAGGAGAACGUGCCCGACAACAAAGUGGAGUUGAUCAACGAGUCUGUGGAAUUCGACGGGGCGAGUGAAGCGAUAGAAAAGUGCGCGGAUACCGUCUUGCGGACUAGUGACGCGAUAGAGACAGCUGACGCGUUCAUGAAUCCUAACGUUAAGUACAGUCUCCCCGCGUACACCUGUAACGUUUACAACAGCCAGUUAGCCGUAACGGUGAAUGUGAAGAAUGUCAAUCCCGACUCGAUACGUUAUAAGAUCCUCGAGAACAACGCGGGCUUGCAUGUGUUGCUGACGUCCGUGGGCGCCGGAUUCUUCCCGCAGUAUUACUCCCUGUGUCUCAAGAUAGGCGAUCAUUCCGUUGAGCCGGAAACGUUGGCGAUCGAACCGUGGGACAAUAACGUUGUAUUCAGUGUCACGGUCAGGGAUAUCGAGAACGUGAAGCAAUAUUCCGCCGGGUUGGACACGGAGUUCAUGGAGGAAAAGGAUCUGCCCACCGCUGCCUCCUUCAGGGGCAAGUUCCAGGAAUUAAUGGCCUCUUCGGAGAACGAUCCGCCGGCGGAAAGAGAGAUCUCUGUGGCGCCGCAAGGCGAUAGUGUCGUCAUAAACAUCCGUUCGACUCAGCAGGACUCGGACGACGAAGAGGAGCACGAGAACGUGCGGACCGCCGCGCAAGAGAAGACGCGCUUGGUGGAGAAGCUGAGGUCGGUCUCGGAGAGCAGCGGGGACGAAUUGGCGAGCAGCAACAGCAGCACGAGGCACUCCAAGGGAAUACUGAAAUCGCGACGCGUCCGCGAUUUUUCGCGCUCCGUUUCGGAGUCGAGCGCCGAAGAGAACAGCCUACCGGCGUCGUGCACGGAUUACCAUUACGAUUCCGUGCAGGACGUCAAUUCCGAGUCCGAUUGCUCCAGUUUGAAGAAGACCGUGCGGUUCAACGACGUGAUCUCGCAGCAAUUGUUCAGAUCCAACUCGAGUAUCCUCGGGCAGCGGAAGAAGAACCAACGCAAGAUGCGGAACAAGAAGCGCGCGUACAAGCGGCGGAUGAGCGAGAGCGAGAACUCGGAGACGGAGGAGCGCGGCAAGUACAACAAGACGCCGCACCACAAGCACUCGCCGAGGGAAAAGACCGACAACGUGAAGCCGAUACUCGCGCGCGACAAGCAGCAGUCUCGGCAGCAGAGGACGGCGAACAUCGAGAUCGCGCAGAUGAGCGCGAGCGGCAAGCGUCCGCUGCAGCGCGAGUCCGACGUCGACGAGAAGCCGCCCACCGAGGAGGACGAGGUCCAGGCUGACGAACCGAACAAGGAGGACGCCAAGGACGCCGUUCAACUGGAGUUCAAAAACGAUCUGAUCUUCGAUCUCGACAUGUAGACUCUCUCUUAAGAACGACUACUUUAGGCUUAACGUACGCGUCAUGUGAUAGCCGCAUAAUCGAAUCGCACGCGAUCAUAGUGCGCAGAUCCGCAUGUGAGACUAGCUAUUUUCACGUUUUAGCGUCGGAGCAGGUGCCACGUAGAUGGGAGUAAUCAUUUUCUAGUGCGCCAUUAGCUUUAGCGUUACGUAGUAAGUCCGGGUCUACGUGCAGCAAGCCUUCAGCCUUUCGCUCUAAGCGCCAAAUUCGCGUUUCUCGAGCCGCCGAAACUUGGAAUAACGCGGCGCCAGAGACGCCUUUAAGCUACAUUUCAUUGCUUAGAGCGGGAAAAACUGAGGACUUGUUGCACCUAUCGUAGAACCAACCCGAGGAAGUGGAGACAGCCGGGCGAAGCGAGAUCAGCCCCAUCCCCCUCCCCCCGACUCGUCUCCGAACAGUCGAAUUAGUGUGAUAGCGUAGAUCUUCGCUUUUAAAUGUUAGAGAAAUCUACCCGCCAACUCGAAGAGAGGGCGACCGUGUUAUUAAAAAGAAAGGAAAGAAUUAAGAACGCACGUCGAUUACGAUGUCGUGUGCGCGAGACCGCUCGCGGAUACACGGUGAAUUGUCCAUCAAUUGCGCAUUACGAUUCCUGCCCGUAUAUUUCGUUGUAUAUUUUUUAACGCGAAGAGAGAGACCCGUUUUUCCCUCCCCCCACCCUUCUCUUUCUCCGUUUUUACGCGCGUUUGUAUUAUUAUUUUAUUAGCCUUUUAUUAGAUUAUUAGCCGCCGCAUCGUGUGAAUAUGAUUUUUACUUGCAGAUAGCGACCGAGUUCGACUCGUGAGAACUCGGCCGGCACAGCGUUGAAUCAGAAAGAAAGAGCACUUGCACAUCAAAACUGCCGAUGCCGCGCGAGACGGAAGUCCUCUUAGAAUUCCUCACCGAUCGAGAUCGCGGAAACUUGCAUUUGCGUGAGAGAGCACGUUCGGUGUUUUGAAUGUACGUUGUUGUUGAACACCAUCGUUCGUUCGUUCGUUCGUCGAGAUACGACGAUACCGUAUCGACGGUCGUGUGGUCUCGUCGUCGCGCAAAUCGCCGACUGAGAGUCCCCGCUGCGGAUUGUCGGGGCCGAGGGAGAAGGAAAAGAAAAUGCCAAAAAUUGCGCGCGUUCGAAAAAGGAGACUCGCGAUUUAAUCGCGACCGAAGUCGCAAUCGAAGUCAGGAUUCCUAUCGAAUAGGCUGAUUUUCUCUUCGGCACGGUGUUUGGCGAAUUUUUAUACAUUAUAUUAUACAUCGGCACGCGUCGCGGUGAUCGAGUGUACAUAAUCUUCCGUCGAUCGGCCGACUGCGGCGUGUCCGCGGCGGGCGAGAAACGUUCACAUAUCCGCGCUCUCGGCACCUUCCAUUCCUACGUUGCACACCGCGUUGCGUGCGUACAAGAGAUUUUUACAGAUGAUGAGCGACAGGUCACCCACACACACACACAUAUACACGCACGCACGCACCGUCACUUGGAGCGCGCGCGAUACGACGCGCGUCGCUCUCCCGAUGCGAAAGUCUCGCACGAUAAAAACUGGUACACAUUUUUACGUUCACGUCGCUACAAUAUAUUCCUGUAGUAAUAUGAAAACACAAAUAAAACACAAAGUGUUUGUACGGGCGAGUCGCCGCGUUGUUGC